AUGGAUACGUUUGCUUGGGUAAGUUGAAUACUGAACUUAUUGCCUUUCAAAACGUCAUGUCAAUAGUGCUUGAUGAGUCCAUUAUGGAGUUUUAGUUAUCAAUUUUAGCUAAUUUUUCUAACUCAAAUACAGCUUUGUCAGAUGUGCUUCUGCUUAGACUGUUCGCAUCCUGUUCAAAAAAUCCAUCAAAUAAUUUUUUUCCUCCGUAGUUUGCAUUUUCUUCCGCCUACAUUAUUGUUUACUCCUCCGACAUAUGUAAUAGCACAUGCAGCUUUCGCAGCAGUGGCUUUCCAAAAAAUAGGCUUUAUGCCAGCCGUUCAGCAUCCUAGCUCAAGAAUCUUCUCCUUUUAGCAGACAGCUACGUCCCCGUUCUCUAUCGGAUGUUAUUUAUGAACACGAGAGGAAGCUUUUCUUUUAUCACAGAGUACUGGACAGUAAUAAUCCCAUCGUAAACAGGACAUUUGCACAGAAUCUCACAGUCACCUCUGGUUAGGGCGUUCGGCCUUUAACUAGCAGGUUGCUGGUUCGAGCCCCAGGUGUUGCACAUUUCGGGGUUGGGUGUGGCUGGCUGACGACGGCUAACAAUCCGCAAAUGGCCAUCCCAGCCUACCUUGUCCUUGUCAGUAAUGCUAUUCUGUCUAAAUUUAAUUUACGCCUACUUAUGUAACACUGUGUGAAGCGAACCAUACCAACACUUUUACGCUUUAGUUAAUCUCAGAUCAAUGACAGCUCUACCGUCGUUUCCGACGAUGUCAACUGUUUGCCCCCACAGUAUGGUUGGCUCACAGACUGACUUACGCCAUUCACAAUGAUAGUGGACUUGCGCAGCAUCUGUCACACUCCCCUUCCCAACCUGGGCCCGAUGCCAUCACAGAGUCAGUAAGACCGGAAGCGGGAUAGGGCACAGGUGGCUGGCACGCUGGAAACCCACGCUUUGUAUAACUUUUAUCGGGAUUCAUAAAGACCCUUUAAAAAUUAAAUUCCACACUUAUUUUACGAACCAUAUGUUGUCAAACCUCUUACUUGAAGGACAGUAUAAUUUCAUAUUUAAAACCUGUUAGAAACGUUUAUAUUGAUGGAAAGCCUACGCAUCAUCUAUCACAUUCUUUCCUCUUCCCCCCUGAACUUGUUAACAAAACAGAGUCAAGGAGACCGGAAGCGGGGUAGAGCGCAGGCGGCUGGCUCGGUGGAAAUUCGCACCUAAGCGCAAGCCACUACGCCGGCUCAGAUCCCAUUGAGCAGUAGUACCAUCGAGGCCACAUUUAGAAGAAGCCAUUGCAGUCUGACUCUGGGUACACCAGCCGGUCACUCCACACACACUGGGCUGACUGCGAGGUCUGAGUUAUUCCGUCUCUUGGCAGCUUUCCAAGCUACUGCUUUUAGUUCACCGUGGUAGAUUCAAGCGCGUGAAAUGGUUAAUGAUGAGGAAUAAUACGGCGAGAGUCGAUUUCACUCGCUCUGCCCUAUCUCUUUUAUCAGUCAGCUGUCCGAGCCCUUCAACCGACUGACGCUGAGAUUGGGAGAGGUGGCUUACAGAGCUGAGAACAGUUCGUUAUGACGUGACACACACGCGACCUAGCCCUCCAUGCAAGCACAUCGGGAUUUCACACACGAGGCGGUAGAUUACUCGGAUCUCACACGCAGCAGAGGGGGCCGAAGAGCGCACUUUCCACUUACAUGAGAGGUGCAGGUGAUUUGGGAUGUUAGAGGUGCUCAUGUGUGGUGCAUGCGUUGAGGAGGGAAUGUGUCUGCGGUGAUUUGCCGUAGGUUCUCAUGGAAACGCAUGUGACUGAAUAGGCCCUUGCGAUGGCUGAAUGUGCGAACACAAUGCCGACAGUUGAGGCGAUGACGUUUGGUCUAUGUUGGUGCUCAAAGCACUGGCUCGCCAGUCUGCGUUCGGUGACUUUGCAAGUGGCCGACCUGGCCAAUCAGACCGAUCAGGGCAAUAAUCCUACUAAUAAUACCGGUAGCUCUCGUAGAAUAUAUCGAUCGUACCACAGCUGCUAAGUGACACUCGUCCAACGUCACCACCAUAUACGCAUGCAGAUUGUGGGUUUCCGUUCUCAGACUCACUUAUCUGACCUCUAUCGAUUAUCAUACCCUAUACAAGUAAUCAGAUUUUACUUUUCUUCGUAGGGUGCUAAUAGCCAUGGUCAGCUGGGCAUUGGAACCUUUGAAGACAGACAUACCCCAACCAAGGUAGCCCUAGACACCAAACCCCAGCUCAUCUCCGGCGGAGGAGCCCACUCAGUCCUCGUUUGUGGCACGUUCGCUUUCGAUGGCGAAUUCUUCUAUAUGUACGAUUUUCAGGGUCCGAUACUGUUUUCACCGCUGGCCGAAUAACCGAAUCAAAGUCCGAGAAGUCUCCAACAUUCACACCUCUACUUCUCAAUACUGAAGAACUCGUUGAACCCCUAAAGCAAAUUUCCUCAGGCUGGGACUUCUCGCUGCUGCUAACCAUCUCUGGUCAGGUUUUCAUUAUCGGACGCAACGCUCCGGACUUUCGCUGUGGUGCGAGCUCGAAUUCAGAAGCUCUCAAGUGGUUUAACGGUUUGGUACCGGUUGCUAUAUUUCUGCUGACGCAGUCUACCUCCCAUACUAGACUAAACUUCCCUUAAAGUCGGUGAGGGCUGUUUCUGCAGGACUGAGGCAUGCCGUAACGGUUUUAGGUAAGCCUUACCUUUUUUAUGCACAUCUAACCAUCUGUUGUCUAGAUUCAGGCGUAGUCCAGCACUGGACGCGACAGUCUGAUUACCAGCGCCUCCAGAAGACCGAACACAUUGUUAAUCUCUCUUCAUUAAGAGAGGACGCGGGAUUGGUAGUUGGCUGUUCUGCAGGCGCCUACCAUUCUGUAGCCUGGACAGGUAACCAUUCAGCUUUCGGUGAUGCCGCUUCGACUUCCUAUAUAAACCUGGCCGCUAGUCUGGCACUUUCCUUUUUGCCUCAGCUAGUCAAAGACCGACGGAUGAGGCGUUUUGAGGAAGGUCAUUAAACUGGUAAAAGACUGAACCUAGUGUCACCUCGCAAAGUGGUUAAUUAUCCUAAGUAUGCACGGCAUUUCAGAGGUUAUAUUGUGCGGUUUACAUUUUAAUUACGAUGUGUAAAUGUUCGGAUUCGUUAACCUUACAGCAAAUUAUACUUUCGAAAAAUUACUCUGACCGACUUUUUAAGUCGACCUCACCAAUCCUCUCCAUCCGUCUGUUUAUAAGACCUCACUGCAGGAUCCAUUCUCCUGUUCCUUUCUCCCAACUGUUGCUAUGCACCCGACUUCCACCGACCGUAAAACGCAUCUAAUCUUCCGCCGUUGUCCGUUUAAAUAGAGUGUAAAUUCUGAAAAAAAAUGAACAGCUAAGAACGAAGACUUCAGCAUUCAAGUGCUUUUAUUGUAAAUUUGCAGCAUUUGCACAUAGUAAGCUACCAACAUUUAAGCCGUACGAGGACUUUUCAGGCAUUUCGUAUCUGGUCCCCAGAGUACAUCCGACAACGUUAGGCUAAAAGUUCGAGUGGCCAAUAACAAAACAGCAAGAGCGCGUGCAAGCAGGAACAUCCACGCACAUUUCAUAGGUACAGUUCCGCACCAGAAUAGACGUACCUGAGGCCAAAGGGUAUGUCAGAAGAACUCGGAUAUUCAUUGGGGUUCUUUAGUAAUAAACGGUAAGACUAAUAGAGCACGAUAGAGUUAACAGGACGGGGCAUACAUUGAAGAGUGAACAUACAUUCGAGGCCACAGGAAUGACACCAAAACGUGGUGGUCGGUUUAAAAUCGAACAACAACAAAGAGCAAUGAACAAAGAACGAAGGGAAUCAACGAGUAGGAAUACAGAAACAAAGGAAGCGUGAUCCGAGUAAGGUCUGCCUACCAAUAAACAGUUAGUCGCAGAAAAGACAGGGACCAAAUUGAAAUGCGGGAUGUCACACCGCACAUUACUGGUGUAUUAAACAUACGUUCUUAUGAUCUCGUUUAAUGCAGAGAUGGCUGGUCUACGAACGGCUGUUUCACUGUCAUUUCCGAUCGUCAGUACGUUCCAGCGCGUUCCUAUCACGGGGAUUGUCGAGGUAGACGAGGGUAGCCGCAACUCCAGACAAAAGUGGCAACUUACGCCUGAUUAUAGAGGAGACUUGCGCAGCAUCGACCCCACCCUCGCCUGACACUCGUAAUUUUUCAAUGACAUGAUUAGAGGUGGACCUGUUCGUACUGUUUGAGCAGGCUUUCGCCCCGUGUACGCGUGCUGCCCUAGGACUGAAAUCGCAACCUGCGCGAAACAGACUUCACUCCCUGGGAUAUCACUUACGUGAGAAUCGCCAUAGUUCAGGACGCCAGUCGGUACUCUCCUUGGCAGCCCUCUAAGGCAAUUUCUAUUAAGAACCAAAUUUAUUAUGACACGUCGUUUGCCACUGCCAAGUCGACUGGAGCCGACCUCGGAUGCAGUGACUGCAUGACACAGCUGCCAUAUCGAAUGCAGCUCGUGUUUGACUCGUUUAUAUCCUCUUGGAGGCUGAAAAUCUGCCUUGCCUGCCGCUCAAACAUAAUCUUUAACUAAUUGUCAAGGAACCACACCAGAGUGUUGAAUGCAAAGUCGGCAGAUUGCGCGGCACCCAGCGUUUGCUCGACGUCUGAAUGCGAACAGCGAAGCCUGGUCAGACGGCGAAUAAUAGCCCUGGCGAAAUUGCUAGCUAAUGGGGGCUAAGGGUUCUCUCGAGAUUAUUUCGUACACACAAGAAUUCUGGCCUUCGAGUGCGCAUCUUCUCGGCUACUUGCGUAAACCACACUAGCUAAAAUUUACCACCUAAGUGGUGCUAAUUUUUCCGCUGCUCUUAGAUCUCUUUAUAAAGGCGAGAUAUUUUAACAAAAGUAUGCACAAAGCACCCUUUUUAUUACUAUUGUGGCAAAUUAAGUCUUCAUAUUUUCCGUUUGAGGCAAAGGCACGUGUUGGUUGAGGAGACCAACAAUUUGCGGAUAGCUCUAAACCCUGCCUACCGUUGCGCUUGCGUUUAGGGUUUCCGAAUCUCUCGCUGUCGACUUUUCGUUUCAAAACAGUCAUACUUACGUCCCUCUAUGCCAAUGAGAAUAUGUCGUCUGACGUCCAUAAGAUUUUGAAAUGGAUAUGGAUCACCUAUACUACUAUGCACACGGCAUUAGUAACUGUGAGAAUACGUUAAUAAAGAUUUCACGGUCUCAGCUUCCCUCCUAAUUGAAAACUCUUUUAAACUCGGAAGCUUCUCCCUCGUACAGCAUUGGCAAGGUUGCUUUGCGCAUAAUUUCUAGAAAAUGUUUGGACUUGCAAUGGCGUCGAAUAUAAGGAGAAAAAUGCAUACGGCUUGAACCGUCGUUUCUUUGCGGUUGGGAUUUUUCAUAUUGAGCCAACUGUGAAAAACUUGGCGCCUCCGUGGGAUUCGAACCCACGCAGUAAGGGGAAGGCUUUAGUACAACCAAAGCUCUAACCACUUGAGCUACGAGGCUCCGCCGGACGACGCGAGUUUGGUCACAUUUGGGUCAAGUUGUCCGCCCAACCUACUGCAACUUCUGAAAUCCACCAAAUCUGAUACAGUAAGUUGACUGCUCAAGCAAGAUUUCCUAAGUAAUUCACCUAGAAUCCGCCAGAUGACUACCAGGCUUACGUAAUUCAUAGACGUUUUGGCAGAUUUUCGCGGGUAGCCGGAAGGACCCGUUCUGGAAAGUUCGCAUUCCGAUCGUGUAUAAAAUACCUUGGGAUUUUGUUGUAUGCUAAUCAGCGUUGCAUCUCCUUUUAUGCAAUAAACUAUUUUUUGCCUAAAUCAUAUUUCACUUAAGGUUCCAUGAAUUAGGUCGUGCUGUAACUGCGUAGGUGAGUCGACCGACGAUGUCUCUAGUUAAAACGUAUCGUCCAUUGCACACGAUCCAAACCAGUCCGCCGGUCGAGGACGUUGAUCCGUCAUCGCUUUGUUUUUAGACAAGGUAAAAGACCAACUUCUGACUCGUGCGAAACUUGAAAAGGCUGUCUCCCAAAAAUUAGGUCGUUUCACCUGCGUCUCGACGAUCGUAUGUGAUUAGUAACUUUAUAAGUCUGCUACUCGUAUUUUGCCUACUCGGAGAGCGUCUUGCUUCCCUAGUUACAUGCAACAGAGAAAUCCAUAUUUCUGUAUGUUCACUUUGCUCAUGUAACUUUACUGCACUGUUCGUUAAGUUACUGUUUGCUUCUCAAACUUCAUUUCCCCUAUAGACUCCGGCCAUGUUGCAGUGUGGGGAAACCUGCGCUUCGGGCUGGGUGGUCCACUGUCCGCGCCGAGGACUGACGCAUGUUCUGCGUCUGAGGUGCACUGGAUUCCGAACGGAUUAUUUGAUAACGAACGUAUAACCUCUGUCAUGUCCGGUUGGAGCCACAUUUUGGCCCUGACAGGUCAGUUAGUUGAUUGCUUUUGGUUGAUUUAUCUAUGAGCAUAUUUUAGGUUUGUACUGUAUGCAUUCAUUCCGUUUGCAGAAUCUGGCAACCUUUAUACAUGGGGCAGGUCGGACUUUGGACAAUUGGGCAGGACUCUGACGGAGGUGGAUUCACGGCCCACUCCAUCCGCAUCUGGUGACAAACGGAAGAUUUGGCCAAUGAAGGGCGAGACUUUUGACCCCGUCCCGGGCAGAGUCAUCUUUAGGCCUAUCACCGAGUCGCAGUCUUCCGUGGAGGAAGCUCGCAUCACCAAAGUAGUUGCCGGCUCGGAGCACUGUCUGGCUCUGGACGAACGGCAGCGACUGUGGUCUUGGGGGUGGAAUGAACAUGGCAUGUGCGGUAUAGGACAGGUUGAGGAGGCGGACAAUCAGACCUGGGGCCUUCCCAUACGACCUCUGGAUCCGUCAGAUAGUAACUGGUGUGUAGACCGGCCUUCUCUUGUCCGUUUCCCCGGUCCUACGCCCUUCCCUCGAAUUUUGAACAUAGGUUCUGGUUAUGGUCACUCGUUUGCAGUUGUUGAAACGUGA